AUGCGUUUCUCCGGGAUCGUCGCCACGCUGUUGGCAGGUGCCGGCGUGUCUGCCCACCCUGGCGACUACUCAAAGCUUGAGCGUCGGGCCUUGGCCACAUCGGAACCACACUACCCUCAGCCAUGGAUGAACCCAGACGCAGAUGGGUGGCAAGAGGCCUAUGUCAAAGCAAAGGACUUCGUCUCGCAGAUGACCCUGCUCGAAAAAGUUAACCUGACAACCGGCGUAGGCUGGGCAAGCGAUCUAUGUGUUGGCAACGUUGGUGCCGUCCCCCGCCUGGGUCUCCGAAGCCUCUGUCUGCAGGACUCUCCCACCGGUGUCCGUUUCGCCGAUUGGGUCUCGGUCUUUCCUGCUGGUAUCACUACCGGUGCCACGUUCGAUAAGGGACUGAUGUACCGCCGUGGAUAUGCUAUGGGCCAAGAAGCCAAGGACAAAGGCAUCAACGUCCUUCUUGGUCCCGUUGCUGGAGGAAUUGGCCGCGUGGCUGCUGGUGGACGAGCGUGGGAGUCGUUCGGCGCUGAUCCAGUGCUUACCGGAUAUGGUAUGAUCGAGACAAUCAAGGGUAUCCAGGACACGGGCGUCAUUGCCACCGCCAAACAUCUCAUCGGCAACGAGCAAGAGCAUUUCCGCCAGGUUGGUGAAGAGCGAGGCCGUGGUGUCAACAUCAGCGAGUCACUCUCCUCCAAUAUUGAUGACAAGACUAUGCACGAGUUGUACCUAUGGCCUUUUGCAGAUGCAGUGCGCGCCGGUGUCGGCUCGGUCAUGUGCUCUUACACGCAGAUCAACAACUCUUACGGUUGCCAGAACAGCAAGCUCCUCAACGGUCUGCUCAAGGACGAGCUUGGCUUCCAGGGAUUCGUCAUGUCUGACUGGCAGGCUCAACACACUGGCGCGGCCAGCGCUGCGGCCGGUCUUGAUAUGUCAAUGCCUGGUGAUACCGAAUUCAACACCGGUCUUAGCUUCUGGGGAACCAACUUGACCCUGGCUGUCGUCAACGGAACUGUUGCCGAAUGGCGCAUCGACGACAUGGCGAUGCGAAUCAUGGCCGCCUUCUUCAAGGUUGGCAACACGCUGGAUCAGCCAGAAAUCAACUUCAGCUCGUGGACCAAGAACACCUUCGGCCCCCUUCACUCGUCAUCCGGGAAUAGGAUCCAGCAGGUUAACCAGCAUGUCGACGUCCGUCGCGACCAUGGCAACUUGAUUCGCGAGGUUGCCGCCAAGGGAACCGUGCUUCUCAAGAACACCAACAACGCGCUCCCGCUCAACAAGCCCAAGUUCCUGGCCGUCAUUGGCGACGAUGCCGGUUCCAACCCGCGCGGCCCCAAUGGUUGUUCAGACCGUGGCUGCCUCCAAGGAACUUUGGGUAUGGCCUGGGGUUCUGGCACAGCUGACUUCCCCUAUCUCAUCACUCCCGACGCAGCUCUCCAAGCUCAGGCCAUCGAAGAUAACACACGCUAUGAGAGCAUCUUGAGCAACUAUGCCACGGCACAGACCCAAGCUCUUGUCAGCCAAGCCCACGCAACCGCCAUCGUCUUUGUUGCUGCUUCUUCGGGAGAAGGCUACAUCGACUUUGAUGGAAACAAGGGAGACCGCAACAACUUGACCCUUUGGUAUGACGGUGACUCGCUGGUCAAGAACGUUAGCUCUGUGUGCAACAACACCAUCGUCGUCAUUCACUCUACCGGCCCGACCAUCCUGACCGAGUGGUACGAUAACCCCAACGUUACUGCUAUCGUCUGGGCAGGUGUUCCGGGACAGGAGUCCGGCCGUGCCAUCACCGACGUCCUCUACGGCCGCGUCAACCCCGCUGGCCGCUCGCCCUUCACCUGGGGCAAGACCCGCGAGAGCUACGGCACAGAUGUCCUGUACACUCCCAACAACGGCAACGAGGCACCGCAGCAGGACUACACCGAGGGCGUCUUCAUCGACUACCGCCACUUUGACAAGCAGAAGGACGAGCCCGUCUACGAAUUCGGCCACGGCUUGAGCUACACGACCUUUGAGUACUCCAACAUCCGCGUCGAGAAGGCCCAGGCUAGUGAAUACAAGCCCACGACCGGCCAGACCAUCCCGGCUCCUGUCUUAGGCGCCAACGUCUCCAAGGACCUUUCCGAGUACACAUUCCCAUCCGACCAAUUCCCGCACAUCUACCUCUUCAUCUACCCAUACCUGAACACCAGCGCCUCGGGCAAGGAAGCCUCGCAGGAUCCCCACUAUGGCGGCACGGCCGAGCAGUUCCUGCCUCCCAAGGCCCUCGACGGCUCGCCCCAGCCCCUGCUCCGCUCCUCGGGCAAGAACUCGCCCGGCGGCAACCGCCAGCUCUACGACACCUUGUACACCGUCACGGCGACCAUCACCAACACCGGCAAGAUCGUGGGCGAGGAGGUGCCGCAGCUGUACGUGUCGCACGGCGGUCCUGAAGACCCGCCCGUCGUCCUCCGGGGCUUCGAGCGCAUCCGUCUUGACCCCGGUCAGAGCGGUACCUUCAAGGUUGACCUUACCAGGAGGGACGUGAGCAACUGGGACGUCAACGUCCAGGACUGGGUCAUUACCGAGUACCCCAAGAAGGUGUUUGUCGGAAGCAGCAGCAGGAAGCUCCACCUGAGUGCAGACCUGAACUGA